UUCUUCUUCGCUCACAGAAAGUACACAACAAAGAAAAGAGAAGAAAGAUACAACUUUUUCAAUUUUUUUUGCAGUUUUUCUACAAUGCCUUUCAAGAAGCCUCAUCACACCUCUGACAAGAGCUACAUAAUGAUAAAGGAUGGCGACAAGUUCGAAAUACUUCCGAGAGGACUCAACAUUGUUUGGGGAAAUGAUUCUCGAUACUGGAAAAUACCAGAGCAAGGCCCUGCGGAGCUAACACAGGUUUCAUGGUUGGAGGUAUCGGGCGUGGUACACAUAACAAAAGCAAUGACAUAUUCUGUUUCAUUUGAGGUGAAAGUUAAAGAAGAAGGAUUUGGAUGGAAUGGCACAGAUGUUCUCGUGAUGGCUAAAAUCGGAAAAACGGGAAAAUAUAAGUUUAAAGUGAACAACCUAAGUCCAGGUCAGAACAUUGUGAUUCCCUCCGAACCACUUGCGAUUCAUGUGGUCGGCCCAUCAGAUCUUCAUUUUGGACUGUAUGAAGUGUGGAGUGGAAAAUGGAAGGGAGGCCUUGAAAUUAUCAAAGCUGUGGUCCAACCUCUACCUCUCUAAUAACUUCAACACCUUGUUUUCUUGAUUAUUUUUGUACGAGGUGAGUGAAAGAGUGUUGGAUCUUUAUGGAGCAAGUAUGGUGGAAUGAGAAAGCAAUUUCUAACCCUCUUUUUCUAAAGAGUGUGGUCCUAUACUUUACUCCAAUUUGAGUGAAAGCUCUCUAAACUAGGCAUGAUAAUCAUGUCAUAUUAAGAUGUUGUUAAUGUAUAAGUAUUUGAUGUUACAUAAAGCACAUUUAAUGUAUCUUUACGUCUCUACGUGAACAAACAACAAUUUGAACUUCUUGAAGGUGAAGACCUGAUGAAGCUUCUCAACAUGUUGUAAAAGAUUUAUUGUAACUCUUUCUCAACACCC